GUCUUGUUUUAUUGACUUUUAUUUUUUUAUUUUUAUUCAUCCCCCCACUCCCCAGAAGGAAUGAAAGGGUCACAAUAUGGUGUUAUGACUCAUACCCUGAUGAUCUCGUUGUUUCUUGAGUUGGCGAUGGCUGUUGUUUCACAUUCCUUGACAAUAUCGGGGAGCCGCUCUUCCGAUGGAGCGUACACAAACCACUCAACAAUCAAGCACCCGUUCACGCAUGGAUCGACCCACCCAGUCCAAUAGAUAUCCGUUCGACCGCGCGGCUUUUUAUCCCUAUGCUGUCUCCCCCAGUCCUGGCGCUUGCUCUCUCGUUCUUGCUGGGCCGCUUUCGCCUCUUCUUUCAGUUUCGCUAGCCUGCGAUCCUCCUCAUAAUGAUAUUCCUUCCAUUCGUCCAACCUUGAUUAUUCUGCGGGUUUGAACUCCAAGUGACUGCCACCCUCUAUGUCUUCACUCCGACGGUAAUCGCGCAUUUCCUGCAAGAGCUCGGCAAACAUCUCCUCGGGCUCACGGCAUUCUGCUGAAAGUUCUGAAAUCGAAGCUAAAGCCGUAUUUGGCGAGAAUACUCUACUGGAUUUCCCAUGAAAUCAAUAGUUCCAGUGUAUUCUUAGUCUUUUUUUGUCCCUCGCUGGAAGCACCGCGACUUCAAAGGGCCCGGCUGGUCUGCUGCGCAACGAUGUCAGACUAUUGUAUCGUUCGGCUGUUAUGGGGCGCCAGUUUGCUUUGUAGGCUCCCUAUUCUGCUGGUGGGCUGUGCCAGAAGUGCAUGACUGGGGUCCUUCAUGGAGAUAAGUUUGGAGAAGGGCAGUCGAAGUCCCAAAUCUAUGGGUUUUUCAACGGGCCUUUCUGUAUCUCGUUGCAGCGCUACAUCCAAUGAAUGCUGCGCAUUGUGAAGCUCUCUGAGGAACCAUUUAAAGUGAUCUUUGAAGGAUUGCCAAUUCGUCAAAAAGAGAUUGACAAGUGCCUCAGCCUUUGAAGAAGGUCCUUGGGAUCCAGCUCAGUGUUGGGUUUCAUGGUUGUCCUCCUUCGUGCUAGCACUGGAUGAGUAAUGGAAGAGCAUGUUGUGGGCUUACUCCGCACUGCCUGGCUCCAGCUCAGCUGGUAUCAUCAUCUCAAUGUUGUCCAUUAUAGCUUACCGCUCUCUCAUGGUGAUGAAUUGCAAAAAAAUAUUGUGGACAUGUGGAAAUUGUAUGCAGCUAAAUGUCCAGAUUAGUCAAAGAUGCUGUAAUUCUGGCAUAGCAAUAUAUAAACCUGCAGCAGAU